AUGACAACAUUCCUGAAGUUAUCUUGAAAAUCACAACACUGGAAAGACUUGCAUUACCAAAUCAUGCAUUCAGAUCUGUGCCAGACAGUGUGAAAAACCUUACCCACUUAGAGUAUUUGAAUGUGGGUUACAACCCUUGUCUUGAGACUGUCAGUGCACAGUUAGCUACCCUGCCCAUAAAAGAACUACAUUUGAAAGACUGUGCUAAUCUCAAGACGCCCCCGAGGGAAGUUGUAAGGAGAGGGUUCCUGGCUGUUUUUGGUUUCCUGAAGCGUCUGUUGCAAGGUUCGGUCUCCUGCAAGAGAACAAAGUUGAUGAUGGUGGGCCUGGGAGGAGCAGGAAAGACCAGCCUUGCCAAAGCUCUGACCUGUGAAGGACACCAGUACUAUCAAGACUAUGGGGAGAUGAUCACAGAUGAAGGAGGUGAAAAUCCUGGGGACUCCUCUGACUACUUGCACUUUAGUGUGUGGGAUUUUGCUGGGCAGACUGUGUAUUACAAUACCCACCAGUUUUUCCUGUCCAACCGAGCUGUUUACCUCCUGCUGUGGAACAUACGACUUGGAUUUGAACAUGCUGGCUUAGAUUUCUGGCUGAGUUCAAUUGCCUGUCAUGCUCCUAAAGCUCCAAUAUUUGUGGUUGGGUCUCACUGUGAUAAGGUACAGAAAGGAAAGCUGCCAAGAGAAGAGUUGAAACGCAGAUUUCCACAAAUUGUAGGCUUUCAUUUUAUCAGCUCUUAUACAGGGGAGGGAAUCAUGGAGCUAAAAGAAGAAAUUAUCCAGACAGCCCUGAGUCAGAAGUAUAUGGGUGAGAUGAUUCCAGAAGCAUGGCUUGGCCUAGAAAUGAAACUUGACAAGACUGAAGAGAAAGCACUUCUGCCUUGGAGUGAAAUUGAGGAACUAGCUGGAGCUGCUGGGAUAUUCGAUAACACUGAGCUGAUCCAAGCAGUCCAGUUUCUGCAUGAUCUUGGAUCAGUUCAGUUCUUCAACACCAACUUCCUGCGCUCUUAUGUGGUCAUCACUCCUCAGUGGAUUAUAGAUGUCAUGGCUUGUAUUGUGACAGUCAAUGAAGGUCCUACAAAGGAUGGCAGGCUGUUGUACUCUGACAUGACAGUUGUAUGGGAGAAAUAUCCUGAAGAGCUUCAUCCUUGGUUGCUGCGACUGACAGAAGAAUUUGAUCUGACGUUUCCUUUAUCUUCAGAAGAGGCUAAUAUUGUACCUUGUCUGCUGCCCAAUACAGAGCCCAAGUUUGAAUAUCCACUGGCUGAUAAAGAAAGUAGUGAGCGAGAAUCAAGAUUGUUGUACAGAUUUGAGUAUUUGCCAGCUGGGCUGUUUAACAGAGCUCAGGUUCGCCUGCAUGAAUUCAGUGACAGCUCUGUUAUGUGGAAGAAAGGAGUCCUGCUGAGAAAAAACAAUCACAGAGCGCUGUUGCUUCAAAUCAAUAACACAGAAGUGAUGGUUACGGCCAGAGGAUACAAACCUGAGAACAUUCUUCUCUUGGUUCAUGAAGUGUUUGAGUGUCUGAUUGCAGACUCUUACAGUGGUGUCUCAUACGACUACUCCAUCCCCUGUGUUGAGUGCUUGGCUGAGUUUGUUCUUGAUCCAUGCAUGUUUUCUGCCAGCAAAAUUAAAAGAGCAUCUGAUAUGAAAGUACCUUUCCUGCAAUGUGAUAAGUACUUUCACAUCAUUUCCAUUCCAGAAAUCCAAGCAAUAAUGCCACCUGACAACACAACAGACUAUGAUGAGCACCUGGCCAACAGUGUGAGAGAACUUCAGCAUCUAGAAACUGAAAUGGGAGUCAACAAAGUUGUGGACCCCACAAAAGUGUUGGAUGACUUGAGAUCUGCAGGGUGUAUAUCAGAAGAGUUUGUAUCAGACGCUCACUGCCGUAGCUUGAUCACCUACAUAAAAAACACUUUGCACAAAACUAUUAUCGUGCUGGCUCUUGGUACAACAAUGAACUGGCAAAAGACAGAUAUCAACUUGAUCCUUGGUGACGAGGUUUUUGUGAAGAUGACAGAACUCUCACGAUAUGAGUCAAAACUAUCAGAGUUACUGGACACGAUCAAAACUCGUAGCCAGAAGAAAAAGGUUUUUUAUCCAGAGUGCUUCAUUAGCUACUCUUGGGCCAACUCCAAAACAGGAGCCAUCGGCUGGGGUGAUCCUCGUAAGAUCAAGGAGUUUUUGCAGUCAAAAGGAGUUAACUGUUGGUUAGAUGUAGAACAAAUGGGACAGGAAGGAUUUUUUGAGGAUAUUGCAGAUGGUCUGAGAAAAGCUAAAGUGAUGAUAGCUUGUGUCUCAGAUGAGUAUGCCAUUUCCAGGAAUUGUAGGAUGGAGUUCCGUUUUGCAGUGUCCAGUCUGAAAAUUCCAACUAUUCUGGCCGUUGUUGGGACAGGAUAUAUUUGGGAGAGAAGUGAG